AUGGCCGCGGUGCCGGUGCGGGGCCGGCGUGCGGCGCUCGGGCCGGGGGCAGCCGGGGAGCCGGAAUGCAAGCGGGCGUGCAGGCUGCUGGACACCUUUCCCGGGCAGGCUGGUGCCCAGCUGGUGGAUUGUGCCAUGGACCUGGAUUCCAGGCAGAGCCUCCUCCCUGAGCCUGCUCCCUGGGCUGCAAGGACAAAGCAGAAUCCCGUGGUUUUGGACAAUCAUGGGAGCAAAGGCAUUCCCCAGCCCUGCCCGAGAUGUGUUGCUGGAGAAUCUGGCCACUUCAGCCACAUCCUGGGCUCCUAGGAACGGAGAGGGGCAGAGGAGCAGCUCUGGUUCCCUGCUGGCAUCCCCAGGGGGCAGCUGGUCCUGGCUCCUGCCUGCCUCUGCACCCACCCUGGCCUCCAUCCCUGCAGUUUCACAGCUGCCCAAAACGCUCCUGCUCCCCAGCUAGCCUGGAGUUUGUCUGAACAGGACAAGGAGAGGCUGCUUUCGUGUUUGGGUAAUUCACAAUUUGUCCAUAAAGGACAAGGAAAGGCUGGUUUCAUGGUUAGGUAGCUCACAAUUUGUUUUAAAAUGACAAGGAAAGGUAAUUUCAUGUUCAGCUCAUAACUUGUUUUAAAAGGACAAGGAAAGGCUGAUUUCAUAUAUAGAUAGUUCAGAAAUUGUUUAAAAAGGACAAGGAAAGACUGAUUUCAUGUAUAGAUAGUUCAGAAUUUGUUUUAAAAGGACAAGAAAAGGCAGAUUUCAGAUUUAACUCAGAAUUCAUCCAAAAAGGACAAGGAAUGGCUGAUUUCAUGUUUAGCUCAGAAUUUGUCCAUAAAGGACAAGGAAAGGCUGAUUUUGUGUUUAGGUAGCUCACAAUUUGUUUUAAAAGGACAAGAAAAUGAAGAUUUCAUGUUUAGCUCAGAAUUUGUUUUAAAAUGACAAGGAAAGGUUAAUUUCAUGUUUAGCUCAUAACUUGUUUUAAAAUGACAAGGAAAGGCAGAUUUCAUGUAUAGAUAGUUCAGAAAUUGUUUUAAAAGGACAAGAAAAGGCUGAUUUAAUAUUUAGGUAGCUCAUAAUUUGUCCAUAAAUGACAAGAAAAGGCAGAUUUCAUGUUUAGGUAGCUCACAAUUUGUUUUAAAAGGACAAGGAAAGGCAGAUUUCAGAUUUAACUCAGAAUUUGUCCAUAAAGGACAAGGAAAGGCUGAUUUCAUGUUUAGGUAGCUCAGAAUCUGUUUUAAAAGGACAAGAAAAGGCAGAUUUCAGAUUUAACUCAGAAUUUGUCUAAAAAGGACAAGAAAUGGCUGAUUUAAUGUUCAGGUAGCUCAGAAUUUGUCCAUAAAGGAUAAGGAAAGGCAGAUUUCAUGUUUUAGGCUGGUUAAGUUGAGCUGGCCGUGGGCCCAGGCUUCACCUGGGCCUGGGCCAGAGCUUGUGUUGAUUCCAAAGGUUUCCCCAGCAGCCCUGACCCCUUGGAAAAUGCUGCUUUGGAAAGUGCUCCUUGUGCAGGGCCACAGGCAGGAAUGGGAGGACACAAAUUUUCGUUUUGAAGUGGCUUUGCAGCUGUGAAGUGCAGGAAAAACCCCAUUGAAGCUUACAUUUAAAUCCCCCAAAAAAUCUGUUUAAAAAGGCUUGGCCUCGUCACCCGGCAGGCUUUUAUUGGCACAAACCUAAGGACAGGUUAAUUAACCUCUGAAAGGUUAAUUUUGGGGUUAUCAGGCUGCAGAACCCUCAGGCAAAGGUUUUUUUGCAGUCCUGGAAUCCUUCCCAUGCUGUGUGUGGAGUUGGAGUCAGCACCGAGUUGAGAUAUUCUCAUCAAAUAAAUGAAUAUCACAGAAAUACUGAGUUUAAUGAAGUAAUGCGUGAGGAAAUAAGUCUAAAACCUGCACUUAAUUAGCAUUCAGACUUUGGU